AUGGCCAUACUCAAGAAUGGUGGUGAUGCAACCGAAGCUGUGGAGAUGUGCAUCAGAGUACUUGAAGAUCGCGAGAUCACGAACGCUGGCUACGGGAGCAAUCUCAACAUGAAUGGCCACGUGGAGUGCGAUGCAACAAUGGUCGAUCAUUUGGGACGCAGUGGUGCCAUUGGAGCUGCAUCUCAUAUCAAGAACCCGAUCACACUCGCCCACAUCGUCCUCAAGGCGUCAACCAGACCGCUCUCAUUGUCCCGAGUACCUCCAAACCUGAUCGUUGGUGACGGUGCUGCGGACUUUGCUCACGAAAAUGGCGUGUCAGUAGUGCCGCACGACUUCCUGAUCUCUGACGAAGCUCGCAAGCGUUGGACAAAAUGGAAGACAGAUUUGGCUAAUGUAGCUGCAAAUGGAGGAGGGCCUGACAAUGCUUCCGACAUGGCGUCAAAAUCGAGGACUGCUAGCAUCGAUUCGAAUGUCCGUACACCUCCACACGCCGAAGUAAAUCCUCUCGGUGCAAUUCCAACGCCAACAAGGCCAUUGGCCGCUUCUGCAGUAGAUCUGCCAUCAGAAGCGAUGAAUGCCAAUGCCGGACACACCCCUCAUCAUACCAAGUUCCGAAGUUCGCAGACCUAUGGCAGCACGCACGAUCAUGAUCAAGAACACUACCUGUAUGAAGACGAGGCGACAGACCUGGACUUUGGCAAUCUGUCUCCAUCCAUGUCACCUACCAUGUCCCCCAUCGCCAAGAGGGCAAAGCUCAGCAGCUCUAUGGAUGGAUCUGAUACUGAUCAGGGUCUUAUGAUGCAUUCUAUGAACCUCAGCUCCGACAGGAAAUCCGAUAAAGUUGUCCGACUGCAAUAUCUUACGGAAGAAGACGGUGACAACAUCGUCGACACCGUUGGUGCGAUCGCAGUAGAUGCGUGGGGCAAUAUUGCUGGUGGCUCUUCUUCGGGUGGCAUCGGCAUGAAGCACAAAGGUCGAUGUGGUCCAGCUGCACUCGUCGGAGUUGGCACGGCUGUCAUUCCUCGUGAUGAAGGAGACCUGACCAUGUCGUCUGUUGCCACUGUUGUUAGCGGUACAGGCGAGCACAUGGCCACAACCAUGGCGGCCGCUUCCGCAGCAGAACGGAUCUACUACUCCCACCGUCGAGUCAACGGAAGCUACGAAGACUGCACCGAAGAUGAAGCACUGGAAGGCAUGAUCAACAACGAGUUCAUCAAUCAUCCAGGUGUCCGUCACAGUCCUUGUACAGGCGCCAUUGGUAUUCUCGGCGUCAAGAAGAGCAAGGACGGUAUCUACUUCUACUUUGCUCACAAUACUGACUCUUUUGCCAUCGCAUCUAUGCAUAGCGAGGAGAGGAAGCCUGUCUGUGUCAUGUCUCGCAACAACAAGUCGGGCUCACUCGCGCAGGGAGGUCGACUGUGCCGCAGCAAAUACGCUCGGAAGUAG